GGCUCUGUGUCCGCUGGGGCUGGAGGGGUGAGACUGGGAGCACUGGGAGCUGCUGCCCGGUGCCUCCAGAACCAGGCACUGGGAAGCAAAGCGCCGGGGGGUAUUUUUAGAACAGCACAAGUCCUUUGUUAUAAAUAGCACCUCCAGACGGUGAUCGGGUGGGAUGGAGUCACAGGCACUUGCUCAGCCCUUCCCCAUGGCUGCAGCUUGGCAACGGCUUCACUGGGCCCUGAAGGGUCCUGGUGGGUGCUGGGGGGUCGUUGCCUGCUGAAAGCCGCCCCCCCCCGAGGGGCUGCAGCCCCUGCGAUGUGUCUCAUCCUUCUGGCCCGGGCAGCGGUGCCCAUGGGCUGCACCUCGCACCCUGCCUGUGUCUCUGCCCGCUGGAGCUCUGUUCUCCCCUUCCCACCGCAGCGUGUGCCCCGGUGGGCAGCAGGGCAGGAUGCGGUGCAGGAACCCAAAGGCCCUGCCGAUGCUCUGGGUGUUUCCCAUGUCGGAGCUGCUGGUCCGACCGCAUGCCUUUCCCAUUAGCGGCUGUGUCGGGCGCACACCAGUGCAGCCACGGCCCGACUACAGCCACCUCCCGGGCUCAUCUCCAUGUCGUGCAGCACCAUCGCAUCCGUCCUGCCCACAGUGCCCAGUGCAGGGCUGUGUAUCCGCACUUGUGCCACCGGCAUCCACGGGCAGCACCAUCCCAGCCCCAUAGUGCUGCUGGGAACCGGCUGGGCUCUGGGGAGGAGAGGAGUAAAGAUCAACUCCUCCCUGGAUCAGAGGUUCCCGCUCCCGGCUGAGCCGUCAUUCCCACUGUCUGGCGAGGGUCAGCGGCCCCGUCCAUCCAGGGGACACUUUGUGGCCACAGACCCUGCACUGGGGAGCUCCCUGGUCCUUCCCCGGCUCACGGCCGCGCUUCCCUGUCCCUAUCCCACAGGCAUCGUCGAGAUCCGGUCGGUGCGUGUCGGCGUCGUGGCCAUCCGUGCGGUGCACACCGGCUUCUACCUGGCCAUGAACAAGCAGGGCAGGCUCUACGGGUCGAAGGAAUUCAGCCCUAACUGCAAGUUCAUGGAGCGCAUCGAGGAGAACGGCUACAACACCUACGCGGCGCUGCGCUGGCGGCACCGGGGCCGCCCCAUGUUCCUCUCGCUCAAUAGCAAGGGCAGGCCACAGCGAGGGGGCAAGACGCGCCGGCAGCACCUCUCCACACACUUCCUGCCCAUGCUCGUCAGCUGAGCCUGUCCCGGGGGAGAAAACGGGGGGGGAAAGGGUUAUUUUAUUUAUGUACAGAUCUAUUUUUGUGCUAUUUAUUGGUUUGGUUUGGAAGGAUGUGGAAGGAAGAUGCUCCAGAUGCAGCCGUGCAGGGAUGCGGCUUUUCCCCACCAUCACACCGGCCGCCUGGUCCAGGCACGCCAGCUCUGCCACUGGUGUGUCUGCAGGGGCUGGGAUGUGUUGGUGGGUUGCAUUUGUCUCCUGUCCCAGCACUGGUGGCAAUUAAAGCUGUGUUCAUGGCACGGAA